AUGAUUAACCAAGGAAUGCUUAUUCCAAUAAUGCAAUCCGACUGGGCAACGCCCGCCCACUUCGUACGAAAAAACAACGGGAAAAUAACAGUGGUAGGAGACUAUAAAAACACGGUUAAUCCGGAAAUAAAAGAUUCGGAAUACCCUACUCCUACCGUCUCGGAAGCUUUUGCAACACUGAACGGGGGAAAAAUAUUUUCCCAGAUAGUCUUGCAGAACGCAUAUAAACAACUGCGUGUGGACGACCAAACGUCAGAAAUCCUGACAAUAAGCACGCGAAUAGGCCUGUUUAGGGUCACUCGAUUCCUCGACGGAUUAACUGCAGCACCUAGAAUUUUUCAAAAUUUCAUGACGAAGAUUCUACAAGGGAUUCAAGGAGUGCAGAUAUACAUCGACGAUAUCAAGAUCCAAGGAAGAAGUAAAGAAGAGCACGACAAACGAAUAAAGGAAGUCCUCAAACGAUUACACGAAGCAAACCUUAAAAUAAACGUCGAAAAAUCGGUGUUCAGCGUAAAAACCAUGGAUUUUCUUGGGCAUACUAGCUCGGAAGAAGGAAUCAGCCCGAUAAAAAAUAAAUUGAAAGCAAUAGAACAAAUCCCGGUUCCGAAGGAUAAAAAGGAUCUUCAAAUAACAAUAAAAAAUGGGAAUGGGGAGACGCGAAGCAACGAGCCUUCACAAACCUAA